UCCAUCGUAUUUUGGUCCUGUUAUGGCUUUGAUCAAUUUUGUUGAAGAGAAGCAGGACAUUGUUGAUAGCUACAAGGCAAAGCUCAAGUCCAUUGAUUGCAAGCACUUCGAUUUUGGGAAUGGAAACUGCCCAUUUGGGAGUAGUUGCUUUUAUAAGAUGUCUCGUUGUUCCUCUCGAGGAAAAGACAUUGUAAUUGAUGUUCCAUCAUCCCCUGUUUCAAAACGGACUCGCUGUUCAUCUCAAGAGUCAAAUAGUGAAAGAUUCAGGACUCCUCUUGAUUCACAAACACACUCUCGCAUUUUUCAGAAAGCUCCUAUUGUGGUGGAACAAGUGGUCAAAUUUGAAACCUUGGUAACUACAUUUAUUCCUAGGAUAUUUGAAGCAAAAGAUUGGGCUGAUCUGUUCGAGAACUUUGAGGACCUGAUUGAUGAAUUGGUCAAGAAAUUCUAUUCAAAUGUUAGGUAAAUUGGAGUUGAGUUGAAGUGUUGGGUUUGUGGAAAAGAGUUCACCAUCAAUCCUGACUACAUUGCAAAGGUUCUUCACAUCACUAGACCAGAUGUAGACCUUACUCCAUAUGAUGAUAGACAGCCUUAGAUACAAGACAUUCUUCAAGUCCUCGGGCCUGAUCAUGAAGUCUCGAGCAAAGGCACAUCCAUAGGCACUACAAAGUUUGCACCUGAACUGAAUACUCUCAAAUUGAUCAUGUUCUUCAACCUGUAUCCACUCUCAAACACUGCAUUCAUCAACCUUGGAAGAGCUCAGUUCCUAUGUGAUCUGAUCACUGGAGCUCCAAUUGACAUAUGUGCUCACAUCUUUCAAAUCAUUGGGGAAACAACGGCUUGAUCAGUAACACGAACAUGCAUUCCUUUUUGUAGUCUUGUUAUAAAGAUCAUGGUUCUUAAAGGAGUAAGUCCACCAACAGAUGGGAAGAAAAUGGAUCGUCUUCGUCCACUGUCCAUGAUUUCUUUUCAAGCCAGCAAAAGUCACUCUUCCAAAGCACCUAAGAGUGAACCUUUCCUUCAUGCCACUUCAUCCGGUCAUGGCUUUGCUACACCUGUGCAUACCGAGACUACUUCUCCCAUUACUCCUGUGCUACAGACAACUAACACUUAGCAUGAACAAUCCAACCAUCACGGUGACAGGUUGGGUAUUUUGUUUGUGAGUCUACAUCAGCGUAUUGUCAAGCUUGAAAAAGUUCUUUACUCUUCCAACAAUCAGGUCCAAAUGUGUCUCAUGACAAUGGAGACACAGCUAGAUGCUAUUCAACAAAAGCUAGAGGACAGUCUUUAGCUAUUUGUGUCAAAAAAGGGGAGAGCACAGUGAAAGGGGGAGAGCAACACAAAGCGAAAAGUGCAUAGUGAAAGGGGGAGUUGUAUGCUUAAGAAGAGGAAGCUGAUACAUAAACUCACACAUACUUUUGGAUAGCCUAACAUUUGGCUAAUUCAGUUUUCUUUUAGUACAGUUAUCUGCUUAUAGUUUAUAUAUACUUCUGGUCAUGGUUACAGUGCUUUUGUGAGUAUGUUUUAAAAGCUGU